AUGAAAGCGUCCAAAUAUUUGGUGCGAGUUGAACUGGCAAAUCCCGGUGACGGCACGACCAACGCUACUGUAACUCCAAUAGGGGUCGGUCAAACUUGGGUCAAACCUGAGUUUCAAGCUCGUCUCGACUCUCGAAUAAGUAACUCGUUUCAAAGAGCCUUAGCCGAAAGCGAAUGGAAGUGGAUAUUUUUUGGUGGAAUACGUCCGCAUCAUUCGGAUUCAAUUGCCGGGAUUAUUGGAAACCUGCGACAAAUGGAGUACAGGAUUAGGAACAAUUCCCUUGAACUACCGGAGGCUUGGAAGUCGCCUCAAUACCCUCCAGGAACGCUGUUGCGGCCAUACCUAGAAUGUCUUGAGCUUGAGACUAGGAUCUAUAAUCCUCUAGUUCGCUAUGUAGCGCACCCACCCCCCCUAAGCACUCUGGGUGCCAUCGAUAGCCGUAAAUUGGGGUGGAUGCUGUUGAAGAUGCCACACUGUGAUGUUUUGAGCUCACAACGGCCCUUCCCGUUUGCAGCAAAAUGUGUCAAUAAGGUUGUCCCCAUGGUGCCCGAGAAGUUCACGAGCGGCUAUUUCGUUAACAUAGACAAUAUUCCGGGAGAAUGUGAAGCUGUUGCGCACUUGGCAGCCCUGUCCAUACCUACGCUUCGAAUGUUUGUGGAACAUCUGGAACAACAGUUCAAGGCCACGGGAGUCGCUCAAAAGCAGUGUACUGUUCCGAGCACGUUCUAUGUUCUUGGUCUCCUGUACGAUGCAGUAGGGACGUAUUCAAUUGGCAAUGGUCAGGACACAAACGCGUCAAAUUUCUAA